AUGGAGAGCUUAGCACAACUGGAAGCGUUGUGUGAAAGGCUUUACAAUUCACAGGACUCUGCUGAACGAGCUAGUGCAGAAAAUACUUUGAAAUGCUUUUCAGUGAACACUGAUUACAUUUCGCAAUGUCAAUACAUUCUGGACAAUGCUUUGACUCCAUAUGCUUUGAUGCUGGCUAGUUCAAGCUUGUUGAAGCAAGUGACAGAGCAGCGCCUCCCUUUGCAGCUACGACUUGAUAUUCGUAAUAUUCUUGUUUGCUUGCAGAUAAUUAUGGCUAUGAAUGUUAUAGGUGGAACUUUGUAUGAUUGCCUUUAA